AUGAAUGACGAAGAGGACGUACCAAUCCUAGAUUUUUCCUCCUCCUCUUCCGAAAGCCUCUCUAAAAAACUGCAUCAAGCGUGCGCACGUUCCGGGUUCUUCUACGCCACGGGCGUUCCUUCUGUUCUCGAAAAGGCGAGACGAGCGCGUAAAGUAUGCGACGCGUUCUUUUCACGCGAUGUGGAAACGAAGAUGAGAUGUUUCUCGUUGAAAAAAGGAUACGUCCCGAUCAAUGGCACGGAAAACGCGGUGAGAAAACCAGAGUUUCACGAGAAGUUUAGCUGCGGGAGACUCUUGGAAAGCUACGAACGGUCAAACGAUCCGUAUUACGAUCCGAAUCGGUCGUUGUUUUUUGACUGCGAGAAUACGUUUCCUCGAAAUGUUUUUGGAGUCACACGAGAGAAAGGUGAAGAAGACGCGUUCGAAGAGGCGUAUUCGAGUUUAUAUCGAGAAAUGGAGCGGUUUUCGGAGCAAUUGCUGCGAGUAUUUGCGAUGAGUUUGAACAUGAAAGAAGAGGAGUUGGAGUAUUUCGUGGAGAGAUCGAGGAAACACGUGACGAAUUUAGUCGCGUUGCGCUACGACGUGAGUCGCGCGAAAAGAACGCUGAAGAAGAAGGAGGAGGACGAGGACGAUACUUUACUCGUACGAGCACACACUGACCCGACGGAUUUUACGUGUUUAUUUUUUGACGACGAGCGUGGUCCGAAUGGGUUACAGAUUUUAAUAGAAGAAGAAGAAGGAGGUGCGCGGGGAGAAAGUCGUUGGAUUGACGUUCCUAAGGUUCCGAACGCGAUGUUGGUCAACGUUGGCGACGUUCUCAUGGCGUGGACGAACGGAGAGUAUAAGAGCACGAGACACAGAGUCAUUCUUAAUAGGAAUAGCAACAAUGAAGAAGAAGAAGAAGAAGAAGAAGAAAGCAGAUUAAGUCUCGUGUGGUUCCACUGUCCAAAUUACGACGCGCUGAUAGACUCUCGCGACGUGGAUGCGAGAAAGAAAAAUCUCUCGAAUACUACCCCACCGAAAUACGCGCCAUUUUUGUGUAAAGACCGAACUCAUUUCCAGCAAACGGAGCGAACGAAACGAGGGUUGAAAGACAGGCAGUUGACAUCGACUCACGACACACGAGUGAGGGGGUUAGACGUGGAAAAUAGCUAG